AUGAAGGAAUGCAAAGAAGAACUGGCCUUAACUGACAUUUACAUGGCUAGAGUGAGAAUGAAAAAGAGAUUUCGGCCAACUCCAUGCCUGACGACCUGUUUUGGAGUCGACUUCGGAAUUGAUGUCCUCGUAAAAGAAGAGAAUCUUUCCCCAACCGGCAGUUACUUUGACAGAGCAGUUCUAAACUCUCUCCUAGUUUUACCAGAGGAUCAGAAACGCCGAGGAGUUAUCACAGCAUCAGAAUGUAGGCCCUUCAUCCGAGCACUGUUCUAUUACGGGCCCAAACUCGGGAUACCCUCCUGUUUAUACAACAUUGUAUUUAAAGACAAAUUCCUGAUUAUCGUCAAUCCUUCUACAAACGCACUUAUAAUUAUUCAUUUUCUUAGUGACCACAGCCUCACCAUGCUAGCUGGCCUAGGUACCCUGGGGUUCGAGAUCCUAGAACAAUGUGACUGUAACUUGGACGCAGUUAUAGUUCCUGGGAGUGACGCAAACCUUCUUAGAGCGCUAAGAUAUUCUAUAAAAAGGAUUUUCCCUCAAAUUAAAGUAAUGGGCGUAAAAGUCAAGGAAAAAGAGUCUACAAGAGAUUCGACUGAUGCGCUAGACAAUGUACCUGAAAUCAGCGACGUGCACAUUUCAAGAACGGUCUUACGAGUUUUGGAAAAGAAAGGUUUCCUCCUUACUACGGAGGGUGUGUCAGGAAUGGCAGCUUUCUUAACCGGAAAAGUUACUCAGCUGAGAAAUGGACGGGUGGUGGUGGUAUUUUCCGAGUCCUGGUUACCCAGUCUUCUCCAGUUGGAACAGCUCAUCAAUGAAGGCCUGGCUAACGGUGAUAGAUGUCUUAGUGUCCCCACCCCUGUUGCAGGGGACGUACUCAUCGAGUAA